UGAUAACGUAUGACGUUUUUAUGGUAGAUGAAAUGUCAUAAUAAAAUAAUAAAGGAAAUUAGUAAAAAAAAAAUACUUAUUAUCUUCAACGAUGAUAAAAUUGGUGAUGUUUGCAGAGUGAUUGACCGCUUCCGGGAAUAUUAGAAAACAGAAUCAAACCUAGUGCGUGGCUCUGUUUGUAGAAAAGUGUACAAUACGUUAAGAUGUGUGUGCGAUAACGCUAUUUAUUGCAAAAUUACCACCAAUUAGUGAUGAAACGUUUGUUUGUGAUAGUACCAAACGAGAACGUUCUCUAUUGUGUAAAUAAAUGCAGCAGAAUGUGGUCGCACCUCGUAAAAAGAGUCAAAUGUCAAUUACAUGUGAUGUAAAUUCCUCCACCUAUAAAGUUUAUUUUUGGACGACCCAGGGUAUACUUGAAACCAGGAAAAAUGACGACCGUCGCUAUGGAAGAGUAUGAAUUAAUGAAAGACUCAAAAUAUCGACUGUAUGUAGCAGCAGUUGAUAAGGCUUUGAAGAAUUUUGAUUACACUUCAGAAUGGGCUGAUCUCAUUUCAGCGCUGGGAAAACUGAACAAGGUGUUGUUAAGCUACACUAAAUUCCCAGUAAUUCCGAGAAGAAUAAAAAUAAGUAAAAGAUUGGCCCAGUGUAUGCAUCCUGCUUUACCUUCUGGUGUACAUUUAAAAGCAUUGGAAACAUAUGACAUUAUUUUUAGAUGUAUGGGUACCAACAGACUGGCUUGUGAGCUCUUCAUUUACAGUGCAGGUCUUUUUCCUCUGAUGAGCCAUGCAGCCAUGAACAUUAGGCCAACACUACUAACAAUAUAUGAAACACACUUUGUUCCUUUGCGAGAAAGGCUGAGGCCUGCACUGAGUGGUUUCCUGAGUGGUAUUUUACCAGGGUUAGAUACAGGAACUGAUCAUUUUGAUAGGACGAACCAGUUGUUGGAAAAUGUAUGUGAAGGAGUAGAACCACCAUAUUUUUAUACUUGCAUUUGGCAAUGUGUGGCAAAUAAUAGUCCAGUCAGAUUGCCUGCUAUAAGCUAUGUUUUAGCACAUUAUAGUAGAAAAUUAUCAAUGGAAGAUCAGUUGUACUUGAUGGGAAAUGACAUAGGACUGAUGGUAUCGGGACUUUGUGCAGCAGUGCAAGAUUCCAGUGUCCUAGUCCAAAGGUCAGCUCUUGAUCUUCUUAUGGUCUGUUUUCCAAUGCAGAAUAAACAGCUGUUGUAUGCUGACAUGGUACGAUUGGUAACAGCUGCGUUAUCUACGAUUUUAAGAAGAGAUAUGUCAUUGAACAGGCGACUGUACUCUUGGUUGUUAGAAACAGAUCCCAACGUGUCUCUGUUGCAAGUAGACCACAACAAUCUUUACCAAAACCAUACUCCUAAGCAUCAGUCUGUCGCUUACGAUCUCUUAAAUGACGCUCUGAAGAUUAUUUUGAAGAAAUGUAGUACUGAAGUCCCCUUGGAUGUGAAGCCCUACCGUCUUUUGACUUCUCUAUUUGACAAGCCUCAGAUAGGCCCUGUCAUUCUGGAUAAUGUUUUGUAUGAUGUGUUCAGAACUUUAUAUCUAUCCUGUUUACAUCAGCAACGGCAUAGAAGCAGUACUGUGAGAGUCGUCUCCUUCAAUGGUGAUCUGACCAGUUUAAAGAACGAGGAUGGAUGUCUAAGCAAGCAAUUCGUCACAAAGCAUUGUCAAGAACUGAUCAAGAAUGCCAAUUUGCUGUUCAAUACUUUGCAGAGCUACUAUAUUUGGUCUUAUAUUGAAAAACUGUACAUCGACGCAGUAAAAAACAUAAAAAAUUGCAAGUUUAGGGACAAGUGUCACGUCAACGAGAUAGGAAGCGGGCAUCCUUACGUGUUAGAACUCUGCAUCCUGACUGAUUUUCUGCUUGAUAUAAUACCAAUAGAGUCUUAUACUGAAAGUACAUCAAGUAUCUUACCAAGUUUAUUCACGAAAAUAGUUUCUACGUUGAGGGCAAAUAUUGGGGAGUUGAACGAUCGUGAAAUCACUCAUAGUUUGCAGCUGUGUACACGAAUUUUGUCAAAAAUCCAACCUAUUGCGCUUCAGAAGAAAAUGGAGGAGACUGUAGAAGAAGGGAAAUCACUCAAUGACUCAUCAGAAAAAUCGGAACCUGUGACAGUUCCAGAAGAUGCAAAAUCCGAAAGUGGUGAACAUAAGCUAACAUUAGAAAAAAGCAAAUCUGACUCUAGAAUUAACGAAAACCUGAAUAAUGGUGUAGAAAAAAUGGAUAUAUCAGCUGAUGAUAGCAGAGAAAGAUCUUACAGCAAUCAAAUGUUGAAGAAAAAACCUAGUCCGAAAAUCGACAAGAAAUCCAAAAACAAAAAAUCAAAAUCGUCCUCCAAAUUGUACGACCUCAAAAAUGGAGAAAUUGAUAACACUAUAACUGAACACGUUAGCACCGAUAAGAGUGUUACAGAUAGUUUACAAGAAGUUCAAGAGAAAGCAAAAAUAUCGAAUGUAGAGAAUAAGCACUUUGUAAAGUGUAUAGAAGAGUACAAAAAAUUUUAUGUACGAUUUAUAACUAGUAGGAUUCUUCCCAAUGUACGGUUGAAAGAAAGUUUUGAGAAACUAGUUUGUAACAAAGAAGAACGGACUGAGUGUCUAAUAUCACUGUUAGAAAACCGUCUUAGAGAAUAUGCAAACUGCGAAUUUGUACCAGUAGACUAUGCUAAGAUCUCUCUAAAAAACACAGAAUUUCUAAAACCACAUUCACCUUUAGGCCAAUGUUCUCUAGAGUACGAAAAAGCAAUGUCAGUAGCUUCAAAUAUCCUACUGGAAUUUUCAGCGUUUCCGAAUGUUCUGGACGCACAUCCAGAAAAGUCGGUACCGAGUUGGCUAGAAGCAUUGAUGGUAGCAGCUUGCAGUAAAGAGUCGAGCACUGAGGUGCAGAUUACGGCGAUGAACACGCUUUUGGAGACUUUUAGUCUAGCUCAUAAUCAGUUGAUUAGUAAGAAGGAGGAUAGGAAUACUAAUAUUGUGAUAACUAGUAUUGUAGAUAUUGCGCAUGUUAGGUAUAUUGAAGCAAAUACUGUGGUAGUAGAGGAAAUAUCCCAAAUUCUAUGGCAACUCCUGGGCGUCUUGAGCAAUCAAAGUCAGUUGAUGACUUGUGUGACUUUACUUUACCAAAUCCACAACACCUUUGAUAGCAAACAAUCCGUAGAACACAUAGUAUGUCAUUUCCUCACAAAAGAAAAUAUUUCAGUAGCAUAUAUGAAGCAAUUCUUUUUGCUGUGGCACCUGGGGAGAGAUCUUAGCAUCAAGUUGCCACCAAAUAAGUCCAACAUCAAGAAUUUUGACAGACUGCUGCUGAAAAUUUUGGAUAACCUCCAAAAUGAAGAACGUCCAAACCUUCAGCUAUUAGCGCAGUGUUUUCUAACGCAUAGCUUGUUGCAUAAUGACAUUCCAAGAUUGAUAAACCCUAUGUUGAUGAAAUUAUUGGCUUCAAAUACGGCUAGGGUUUCCAUAAAACAUGUUAACAUACAAGAUUCUGAUUCGCAGAGUGACACUGCGUCACAUGAUAAUAGUAAGAUAGAUGAUAUCAAGACGAAAAGGGUUUACGCGGUGAGCAGUGUAAAUGGUAAUAUAAUGUACCACAUAGCUGAUGGCCCGAGUCCAAAACCAAUGAAGAAAAAAUGGUUUACGUUUGCUAAAGCUGGUAAAAAAUAUACUUCGUCCAUUAUUAACAUGACAACUAGCAUCACGGAAAAUUCUAACUUUGUUACGAAAAAGAACAAGGAUUUCAAGGGUUACAAUCUAUCACCCAAAAGUGAGAAAGAGCCAAAGAAUGUAAAAUUGAUCAUCAACCCAUUGAGUUCGAAAGAGGUAUACCCUGUAGGUGUCGACGGAUCUUAUAGUAAAAGAGGUUCGAACUCAUCAUUGGAAAGUUUGUCGUCUAACGAAAACGAGGAGCCCCAAAAGACCCCUCAGGAUAAAAAUAGCGUUGACAGGGACUCAGGGUUUGACAGUUUGAAAAAUAAAAGUCAACCUGAAUUGUUGAAUAUGAUCAAUAGUAGCAAGGAGUUUGCAACAAAGUCUCUACUAGAAAGCAUGGAACCCAUAUCUGACGGAAUCAAGGCCCAGCCUGUGAAUGGAACACUAUCGAAAAUACCAAAGUCGUUCAGUUUUGAUGAAAAACUAGGAAUGGAAAAAACUACAGAGAGCUCCUUAGUGCAAAGCUGGUCUUAUUGUAUUUCUGAUUCGGCUAAUUUGAACUGUGAGUUGGAAAUUAGCAAGAGUGCAGAAGAAUUUUUCAGGGGUAGAGGCGAAGAAGAAGCAAUAGCAACAGACAUUCUGAACUCUAUAAUAGACAAAGUAUUUUCUGUAGCAUCAGACACCACUGAAAGUCCGAACCGACCCUCGGACCUAGACCUGAAACCAAAGGUUAACACUACCAGAAAUAUCGUCUUAUACCCUAUUCACUCUCAUAUGUGCCUUUACUACGAGGUGUUCGAUUCGAACCAAGUGCUCUAUGCAUUGAGGACGUUGAGGAACUGCAUUUUGGCUGAUAGUCACUUGUUUAUAAAGUGUUUGGCGACUAGUGGUAUCAAGAAUUUGAAAAAUAAUGAGAUUUUGUAUCUGCUUGCGAGGCACAGGAAGUCGAUGUUAGGUUUUGGUUUUACUGGGGACUUGAACGCAGACUAUGUCAACUUCUAUCGAGGUUACACGUUUCUAGACGUAAUCAUUACCGUCUGCCUAAACUACGCUAGAACAUUCCACCCUUUCAUGGACGAAUCUUCUAUCAUGGUAGACGAAAUCAACAAUAAUCUUAAGAUCCAGCUAGAAAGCCUCGAGAUCCUUGACAUAAUCAUCCGAAAACUCAUUUCCAUGGUUGCAGAGAACUCUAAAGGGUUGUGUAGCUAUAUUGGUGAUCUGUUGCUGAAAUGCAAAUUACAGAAGAUUCUGUUGAACUGUCUGUUGACUUCGGUGAGAAAUUUCGAUGAAGAGAUGACUUUUGCCGAGGAGAUAUUGGCGUUCAAUAAGUUUCAACUGUCAGAUAAUUCUGGUGGGUUUGGGGAGCAAGUGGAGGCAUUCCAAAUGCAAAUUCUGAGGGUGAUACACUCUCUCAUCAUCCUGGAACAUUCCGUCUUCACUCCAAAACCACCUCCAGAAGGUAGUAGCACAACCACAACAGCGACCAAUGAGCAAAUCAACUCAUCAGUAGUGCUGAUACCACAACAGCAGAUCUUUUUAUCAGCCAUCAUGAGCGCUUUGAGACAUUCUAACAUGAAGCACAUCCAUGAAAAAUGGCUCAACAUGGUCACGUCUUGCUUGCCGUACUUUGGAGACAGUCUAAAGCAAAUUACUAUCAGUGUUAUACAUCAGAUUUGCAGUAAUAUUGAAGAGAUUGCUAGUAGUUAUAAAAAAGUUGACUUAGAAGGUGAGCUGUGCUCAGACUACGCUGUAACCCAACUGGAAUCUCUAACCGUUCUCUGUCACUACUGUCUUCUGGACUCAUCGCAAACUGUCAACCAAAACGUACCUGUUAAUCCCAGCACGCCUGUAUCCAAUCCUGGAGAAAUUAUCAACAACUUGUUUAACGUCUUUUUGCCGCCAUUGAGUUCUGGAAGUAUGGCUAACAAGCAAAAUUUUGAUAAUUACCAAAGUGCGAGAAAAGCGAUUUUAAGUCACAUGCCGAGAAUAAUCUCCAGCAUUGCUAAGCUGUGGCAGACAAUUAUAGACUUGGAGAGUGACUACAACGGCUUAUAUGGCAAUUCGAAGACAGUAAAGCAACAGUUGUUGGAGUUUCUCAGUCCUAUUUCUGUGCAUCACAGUACUAGCUUUUUGGCAGCAAUUGCUGUCGCUUGGUAUGAAAGGAGGAAUCUCUUUAGUAGUGUUAAGACAGUGCUUCCAGAACCGAAUGCUGGCCAGACGAACCUAGUGGCACUGAUAUUAGCUAUAAGAGUCAUUCCAUUAGAUAAUUUAGUACAAACUGUAACCGCUGUGAUAAAAAGCCCUCCACCAAUUGAAGGGCUCAGUGCUGACCUAUGUCUGGAUGUCUCUGUCUUGGAACUGUUUUAUUGUUAUAUGAGGAACGCUUCGGCAACACAGCUUUCAGAAGCAUGGGGUUCAAUCCUAGGGUUGAUUAGAGAAGGUUGUUCUCUAUCUCCUCCUGCUCAGUUUUUGCUUGCAGCUCUCCUACAUGAAAUCAUGAUUAAGUGUUGUCCUUUAGAAGAUAGAAAAGAUCAGAAGGAUCUGCAAGAUGUUACUGCAAAGUUGAUAGAUUGUGUGUCCCAAGUAUGCGGGUCUUGUCUAGAACAAACCACGUGGUUGAGGAGAAAUUUUGCAGUUAAGGAGCAAGAAGAAGAUACCAUUUCUGAGCCAAGUAUAAUCAGUGGUAGUAACAGCGAAAUAUUCGUUAACUCCAACUAUAGUGUCCAAGCACAAUUGGUUCUUUCCGAAAUCCUAUCUCCAAUUCUGGACAUCUGUUUUGGUUCCUCAGAAAAAGAUAAAGUGAACAAUAUCCUAACAUCCCUCAUGUGCAAUAUCGUACCUUACCUUAAAACACAUACAGCUAAAAACAUGCCCAGCUUUAGCGCCUGUUCUAAACUGUUAUCCAGUCUAAGUAGUUACCAGUACACGAGGAAAGCUUGGAAAAAGGACGUUUUUGAUCUGUUGCUGGACAAUCAGCUGUUCCAAAUGGACUAUGCAUGUCUGAAGUUCUGGAGGGUGAUAGUAGAUAAUCUGAUGACACAUGACAAUACUACGUUCAGAGAUCUUAUGAAUCGUGUAUCAAUGAACCAAAGCGGCAGUUUAAGCAUAUUCUCGUCGAGAGAACAAGAAUAUGAGCAGAAAGCGCAGUUACUGAAACGAUUAGCGUAUGUAAUAUUUUGCAGUGAGAUGGACCAGUAUGCGAAGUAUAUGCCAGAUAUUCAAGAACAAUUGACGAGCAGCUUACGCUUGAGCGUACCAAAUGUCCAGGCGCAAGUAUUCUUGUGUUUCCGAAUUAUUUUGAUUAGAAUGAGUCCCCUACACGUGACAUCAUUGUGGCCAAUCAUAAUCAGCGAAAUGCUGCAAGUGUUCCUACAAAUAGAACAGGAGCUCUCCACAGAUACUGAGGAAUUCAGGUACUGUAUUUCUCACUUUUUCUUAGCAUGACUAUAUUUGUGGGAACAUAUGAGAUACCACAGUGGAUUUUGGUAUUAUUCCCAAACAAUAAUUUGACUUUGCAAAUGUUUAGUAUAAUCAGUUGUAAUAGUGAUGCGACUUAACAGCAACCUAGAACGUAGUUUUAACAGAUAUGCAUUUAAGGCCCUGUAUUUUGACUAAUAUUAAUUUGUUUUUGAAAUGCUGUGGUACUGGAUGAUACAGAGCGAACAACAGUUCUCACAUAAAACUAAUGUCAUCUCUGGAUGCAAGUUGGGCAACCAAUAGCAACAAUGGACUACAUGCACUGGGACACCCUCAUUGGUUGAGACUACAGCUGGCCACUGCAAAGUUACUAGAUCUGGCACUCCUGCUACCCGCUACUAUGUUGCCGCAAUUCCAGAUGUAUCGUUGGGCAUUUGUCGGCGAUGAGGCCGUCAAACAUCACGACCCUUACACCGGACAGCCCUCAUUCGUGCCGCACGUUGUCAGGAUUGCGGAACUGAUGGACAAACGUUACCCAGAUGGGCAAAUUGACGUUCUACCAAUGAAGAGGAACGAAUUGUUGCUGGUUACGAACAGCAUUUCGCAGCUAAAGGACUUGCACAGCUUCUUCAAGACGCUUAGCACUUGUUCGAAUAGACAUCGAACAGAAUGUACUAGGUCGCUGACAUGUGACUAUGGUUAUUCUGAAAGGACUCCUGACAAAGCUUUAGACGUCGUACUGGAAAAAAUAGAUAAAGUGAUUGAAAUGGAUUUCCUCGACAGAAUAGUCAAGUGAUAGAGUUAGAAUGGAGUCUUUGAAGAAUUUUAGUUCAAGACAUAGAAGUUUUAACCAAACCAAAAAAUAUGGAGUUUUUCAUAUGAAUUGGCUGAGACUUAGAGGAAUGUUGUCAAAAACAACUGUUGAAAUUGAAGAUUUGAAACUAUCAAUCAAAAUUGGUAUUUGAGUACUGAAAGUAUUUGGAACUAUAUUUUGAACGCGUAAUAGAGUCAGUGAGAAAUAUUUUGGAGAAGGUGGAAAAGCAAAAAAGGAGGGAAUCCAUAAUUGUCAAGGAAUUAAAGAACUAUUCUAGAUGUUGAAUGCCGCUUCAUUGUGAAAUCUUACCCAUUUCAUAUGAACAAAUACUCGUACUGUCACAUUAUUUUCAAUGAAAAUGUUUGUUUAGAUGGAACUAAUUUUAUAAUAUUCAAUCACUUGUUUGACAGUCUAUCCUAUAAUAUUAUAACCAAAAACUACACCUCCUAACACAACUGCCAUAUACAAGUAGUACAAUUAAUAAGCACUACUUGAAUCCAAAUUUAAAAUAUAUACGGAAAUAUUACAGAUCACAUCUGUUUUUUAUUUUAAGAGAAUGAGCUGCUUUCCGGAGCAUUCAAUUUGAGAGUUUUAUGCUCCCCAAGUGUUAUACAGCCCCACUGUUCUAGUAAUUAAUUUUUUUAUGAUGCUUUUGAAGAAGGGAAUUUCAAAAUUAAGUAGUUAAAGUCCAUUACAUUAUAUGCAGAGGAACAAUAUUGACAUGUGCUGAGUACCAUUGAGUCAUUCCGAGUAAUUUAAUUGGGUACUGGAAAGCAGCUAAAUAUAGGAAAGGCUUACCAAAGACUGUUAGGAUUUUUUGUACAAACAAGUAAGUAAAAGUAAUAUUGAGGCAUUUAUCUUGCUUAUAAUACUAACCAGAAAGUCAUAAGAGUAGAUAUGCUUUUGUUGAACAAUUAUAGAAAAAUGUAUUGUGAAAUCUCAACUCAGCUACAACAUUAUUAGUAUAAUUGCCAAAAUAGAAAAAAUAUCAAAACAGGAAGUUUCCUAAGCAGUAUCAAGGCCUGAGAGCGGUUUGAUAUAAAUAUUUGCAGCAGAUUGGUCGAGUGAUACAAAGUCGGAGGGGAACAGCUAAUUAAUACAUUGUCAAAAUAAUGAACUUUAACAUGCUCUCCCGUAAUUAGAAAAAUCAAUAGAGGGGCUUUUCAUCUUUUUAUUCCCGGUAAACUCUUUGGAUAUAGUUUCAGGGUUAUUGAUAAGACGGAAAGUUGAAAUUCCACCAAAACUAUAGCGCGAGACGUAGGCAAAAAAAUAAAUUCUAUUGAAAAAAAUCAGUAUUAAAUAUACUAAAAUGCAUUUUAUUUGUUGUGAGUAAAUGUUGUACUUUAUUUUUACUUCUGUCAUGCCUAUCAACAUAUCAGUGUUUAUAAUAAAGAUGUACUUUGUAUUUUAGUAGUCGUAUAUUUUAUGCUUUCUUUGUAUCUACAUGGAAAAUUCGCAAUACUUCUAAGAAAAAAUAACACAAAAGGAUUCAUAUGCAUAUAAAAGGGGAAUGAAAAAUAUUCUAUCCGCCAUUCGGUUUUCUGAAACAGCUAUUUCAUUUUUAGAUAAGCAACUUUAAUUGUACAUAAAUUGUGUCUCUUUAUAAAUUUUUGUCAGACCCUUUUAUCGAAAAAUUGGUUUUAAAAAAUUGAAUCUGUUCUACUUUAAAAAUUACCAAAAUUUGUGAAGUUCAACAUCACAAACUAUAAGCAGUUUAUUAGAUUAGAAUUAGAAUAUCCAUGUUUUGUCCUUAGUGAGUCACAUCAGCAUAGAAAUCUUCAACACCCUGUAACUGGGUAAUGGGGUAAUUUUUGGCAAUUUUAUUACCUCCAGUAUGAAAUAAUGUAUCUCCACAAUCUUUUGAGUAAUUUUUUAAUAUGUUUAUGUUGUCUUUCUGACCCAUUGUGCUUCAGCUAGCCAGUAAUUAAAAUCACUCUUUAUCUAGAAUAACUUUUUUUGACGUUUCGGUUGGAGACAAUAGUGCAAGGGUUUCAAAGUUUUGUUUGCCUCCAAUUUCAAUAUUAGAAUUGCAAUUGAAAUAUAAGUGAAGCGUGUUAUGAUUAUUGAGUCAGCUAAAAACAUGAACUACAAUAUUUUGGUAAUAACCUAACACCUGUAUCUAGGAUGUUAAUUUGAAAACUUCCCACACCGAAACACCUCAAAAGAUUUGUCAAGGGGAACAACUUGUUAACCAAAAACUAAUUCACUCCCUUUUACCCUCUGCCCCCAAGGUCAUCCCCUUGAAAAUUUUAAAUGACAAGGGGUAUCGAGUACUAGCUUGUUUGAAAGGUCAUUCGAAGUCCUUUAGUUUGACGUUUGAUUUUUAAAAAUCGGUCGAUUCGUUUUCAAGAAAGAAAAAUCUUUAUUUAUCUUAAUUUGUUCAAAUAAGUAACAAAAACACACGAAAAUAUUACUUUUUAUUUCAAUAAGUGUUCAAAAUGUUUCCCGCUAUUGGCCAAACAAUGAUAUAGGUGAUGCUCAAAUUCCUGACGGACAUUUUCAAAAACAUAUUGUGGGAUAUCAUGACAGCUUUCGAUUAUGCGUUGACGAAGUUCAUCCAAACUUUCAGGUUGGGGAGUAAACACAAUAAAUUUCAAAUGGCCCCAUAAAACAAAGUCUGACGGCGUCAAAUCAGGAGAUCUAGCAGGCCAUUCUAUAGGCCCUCUUCGCCCUAUCCAUUUAUCUGGAAACUCGUCGUCUAGCCAUUGCCGAACCGGAAGAACAUCGUGAGGACGAGCGCCGUCUUGCUGGAAAUAUAUUUCAGCCUCAUCAAGUAUAGGGUUUCCAUCCUCGUCGAUUUGGUUUUCAAUGGUUUCAGUGAUAAGCGGAUUGAUGGUAUUUUCCAACAUAUCCAAAUAAAUAUUUCUAUUCAAAUUUCCAUUAAUAAACAAUGACCCAAUCACCGCUUCCUGCCCAUACCUAAAUUUUUUAGGGAUACUGGGUAUAUACCCUUCUACAAAAGCAUUAAAAUUUUGAUUGCGCCAAUGCCUGCAGUUAUGCUUAUUAACAAAUCAAUUCAGAUAAAAUGUGCAUUCAUCACUGAAGCAGAUAUUCUUUAUAUGAAUGGUAUUAUCAUUAAUUGCUUAUUAUUUGUUCACAAAACUCAACUCGCCUAUCGAAAUCAUCUUCGGUUAACUCUUGCAAUAUUUUCAUUUUGAAUGGAUGACAUUUAUGGAGUUUAGUAACUGUGUGUACAGAGUCUAAUGAAUUGCGUAGUGAAGUAUUAAGAUUUAUUCCAAAAUGAUCCAAAACUUCAACUUGAGCAGCUUCAUCCAAAACUCUCCGAUGAUCACUUUUUUUAUUUGCAACAGAUCCAGUUUGAAUAAAUUUAGUAUUAAGAUCCAAAACAUACCUAUGCAUUGAUUUUGGGCACCAUAAAUUAGAAUCAUUUCCACUCUUUCGGCUAAUGUGUAAACCAUUUUGGAAGUAAAAUCUGAAUCAAUAAAUUAAUUUUCACUAUCCCCAAGAUUGUCACAAAGGUAACUGACAGCAAAUUAAACUAUUUCUUUCCCUUAGCAACAAAUAACUAAACAGGUAUAACAAUAAAUACAGUUCGCCCAGGGUAUCUGUUUUUAUGAAAAAAAUGCGGAAAAAAAUUGGGUUGUUAUUUGGUUGUUGCCACGUCUAAUCUUCCGAAUUGCUGUUUAUGUUGGUAGUUUAAAUUAUAAACGAAUUGUAUAUUUGGCAAACCCUAACGGGCAACAUUUUGAACACUUUUUGGAAUAGAAAGUGAUAUUUUAGUGAGUUUUUGUUUUCUAUCUGAACAAAUUAAGAUAAAUAAAGAUUUUUCUAAUUUUCUCGAAAGCGAAUCGACUAAGUUUAAAAAAUCAUACUUCAAAAUAAAGGACUUCGAAAGACCUUCCAAACAAGCUAUUACUCGAUACCCCUUGCAAUUUAAAAUUUCUUAGGGAAUGAUCUUGAGAGGCCGAAGGUGAAACGGGGUGAAGUAGUUUUUGGUUAAAUAGUUGUCCCCCUUAACAAAUCUUUUGACGUUUUUCGGGGUUUUUUCAUUUAAUUAGUGUUUUUCGAUAAAUCCGUGGUGGGAAGUUUUCAAACGAACACCCUGUAUGUUGUGACAUUAUCAGUGUCUUAAAUGUUGAAUAUAGUAUCAGAAUUUCAAACUUCCUUUGUUAAGAAUGUUGGUUGUAGGCCCUCAUCAUAGUGUAUAAAAGCAUAGUUCUGAUUUUUAACACGCUGUUAUUAGCUUGACCAGUAUGUAUGUAUGGUAACAGCAUCUUUCAGCCUAAUUGUAACCUCUUUCAAGAAAUCUGAUUAACUUGAACAUUUGCACAGGGGUCAAGCUCCGACGUAAAUACAAUAAUCUUGGGAAAAAAUCGAAUCAGAAUAUUUUUAAAAAACUUGAAAAAAAUGGGUUUGAAAAAUAAUUGGAAAAUUCGGAAAUUUGGUAAUCAAUUUCAAGAUUUGGAAAUUUGGGAAAAAAGGAAAAAUUUAGAUUUAUUGUCAAAUAUAAUAUAUAUACCAAAAAUCGAAACACUCGAUUAUAAGUACUUUUGUUGUCGUUUAGACACUAAAAAUUCAGAAAAUAAAUUAAACUCAAAAAUCGCUUUAAUAGCAAAUUGAACUAAGAAGUAGAAAAUAAAUUUCAAGUAUGUUUAUGUUACGGCAAUAGAAAGCCCAACAAUCAAGUAUGAAUAAUUAAUGUCUACUCUACUUACAUUUUUUUGUUAAUAUCUUGAUGUUUAUAUUGAUAUUAUUCCAAAUUAAUUAGUCAGACUUGAUUGUUGGACUUUCUAUUACAGUAACACAAUACUAAACUUGAAAAUUAUUCUCUACUUUUUAGUUCGAUUUUUUAUUAAAGCGUGUUUUUGUAGUUUUUUAACUAUAAUUUAUUGAAAGUUAAGAUUACCCUUAUAUUCUGAUAAUCCUCGAUGUUUGUCUGACCUCUAAAUGAUACCUCAUAUGCUUGAAAUACUAUUUACUGACGAUGACGUUUCGGUCACCAUGGCGGGCCCUUCAAGUCCAAUUCCAGAGAAUUCUACGUUUAUAUUAUACCGAUUUCGAAAGUUUUGGAUGACGCUGAUAGUGACAACAAACCACAGAAACACUAGGCAGAAUUUUAUAUUUAAAAAAUUCUUAAUUUUGGUUUCUAAUUUAUUUUUAUUUGGAUUUUGUCUUAUUGCCAAGAUAAUGUUUCUCUACAUUUUGAUUUGGGCAAAAAUAAAAAUGCUUUUUUACAUGAAGGUGUAUAUAUGUAGGUAUGUAAAAUUGAAUUUAAUAUGUAUUUUUAAAUAGGUACCAAUUUAGAAAAAUAUGCAAGGUAGGCGUGA